AGUACUCUCCUGACCUCUGUAUUAUAUUUACAUCAAUAAUAUUGUACAAUAUAUGUUUCCAAAUUAUUAACUUAAUUAAAAUUUAAAUAUUUAAAUUAUUAUAAUUUAUAAAAAAUGUAUUGUUUUGGCAUUUAGUUAUUUAAAAUAUUUAUGAAAUAAAAAAAUGAAUAUCAAGUAUUUAAAAAAUUCAUAAAAUAUAUACGAGAAAAGAUCGAGAAAAGAUUGAAGAUCGAAUAAAUUCAUUAUUAUAUCAAUCAUGAAGUAAUUCCUAAUUUUGGUUGUCUAUUAAAAAAUAAAUUAUUAAAAUUUAUAAAAUAUUAAAAUAAUUACUUCAAAAAUAUUAAAAUAUUUUAAAAACGAUAGUUUAAAAAUAAAAAAUUAUAGCAAAUUAUGACUGAUGAAAAUUCAUGCAAAAGUGUAUGGAAUAAAGUUUUAAAUACUGGAAUUAUUUGGAUUUCUUCACAAAAAAAAUCUGCAUGUCCUCCUUAUAUGAAAAAGAAAAAAAUCGAAGAAGAACCCAAAAAUGAUUUAAAACCAUCCGACGAAGAUAAAAAAUUUGAUUCUACAAAGAAAUUCGAAUAUAAAAGUCCCACUGAUUUCUGUUCUCCAAUUAAAUCUUGUUAUAUUAAAAUGCAGGAUCCUUGUAGAGCAUGUUGUUGUGAAGAAAAACCAAAACCACCACCUCCUUGUCCACCUAAAUGCGGCCCGCAAGUACCACGCGAACCAGUGUGUGGCUGUGAUCUUUGCCAAAAACAUCCCGGUCAUGAAAAAUGUUGCGACAAGAAUAGAGCAUUUCGCGGUAUAGAUAUUCAUCGUGAAUAUUUCGAAAAGGCAUAAUAAUUUGUUUUUAUUAUAUUACAUUAAUUGUGUAAUAUGCUUAUAUGCCUAUAAAUUAAAAUUAUUAUAAAAUUAAA